UUUCCUAUUUCCCAUCAUACCAAAACGAAAAUAUACUAAAUCAAAAAUAACACUUCAGAGUGCCAUGACGUUCUCCGAAAUCACACAAAAUGGCUACUUUCUUGGUCUCCUGGUAUUCUUCUCUGCCGUGUUACAAAGUACUCUUAGCCAGGCUUCCAGUCAUAUCCUCUGCGUAGAAGGAAUCCGCUUGAAAACUGCACUCCAGGCGUUGCUGUACGAUAAGGCUUUGCGUCUGUGUUCGUGGAGCAUCGAUGAAGAGGAAAAUCCAUUAGAUAAGGAGAAAGAACAGGGCAGGUGUCAGCAAUCUGCCGAUAUCGGCACCCUGACGAAUCUCGUGUCGGAGGACGUUUAUAACGUUAUGAGCUUUUUUUGGAUCGGCCAUUACACUUGGGCAAUUCCGUUGAAGAUCAUAGCAAUAAUUUUUCUCCUGUACACAAAGCUGGGAAUCAGUGCAGUGAUUGGUGCACUCUGCUGCAUACUCAUCGUAACACCGAUGCAAUUGGUGCUUGGGAAAAAAAUGUCCGAGAACUUCAAAUCAGUCGCUAAAAAAAGUGAUGCCAGAUUGCGUUUAAUGAACGAGAUCUUGCAAGGAAUGAGGCUCGUAAAACUCAGAGCUUGGGAGGACAUUUUCGAGAAGAAAAUAAAAAGAGCGAGGGACAGCGAGUUAAAAAUGCUGGACAAGGAUUCUUUCUAUUGGACUCUUAUAAAUUUCCUCACCCACGCCUCAUCAGUGGUGACAACCCUCUUCACUUUCGGAAUUUAUUUCUGGAUAGAGGAACGAAAUCUCGAAGCCGGGAACGUGUUCGCGAGUUUGGCCUUAUUUUCACAGCUCACCGUACCUCUCUUAAUUUUCCCGGUGAUGAUCCCCAUCAUCAUCAACGCCAUGAUUUCUACCACCAGAAUGGAGGAGUUUCUUCAGCUUCCUGAAAUCGACAACGUUCUACCCGGUGAAGAAAAGUCAGACAUUAAAGGAAACGUGUCACGGACGAAUUCCAUCGACGAAAUUCCUGUGGAAAUGAAACCUCACAAUGCUGCGACCUUUGGAUCCUUGGACAGCAUCAAAGAGGACGAGGAAGAUGGGCAAUCCUGUUUAAGGAAAUACAAGCUGGAUAUCGAUUCUUCUGCGGAUACGGUGUUCGAGAAGGAUCCGGAAGUUCCGGUGCUCAGAUUGAAAAAUUGCUCGUUCUCGUGGGGCUCUGAAGAGAAUCAAUUAUCGGUAACCGAUCUGAGCUUCCCACGAGGUCAGUUGACGUUAAUCGUUGGAAAAACUGGCGGAGGAAAGACGUCACUAUUACUGGGAAUGUUAGGAGAAAUCCAAAGAACAUCAGGAAUGAUCGAAUGGGCCAAAGGAUCGAAGAUUGCGUAUGUAGCUCAGAAGCCUUGGCUGCUGAACACAACGUUGAGAGACAAUAUUCUCUUUGGAUCAUCGUACAAAUUGAGAAGGUAUCGGAGCGUGUUAAAGGCUUGUGCUCUGCAGCCGGAUGUCGAUAUACUUCCGGGCCACGAUCUCACCAGGAUAGGCGAGAGAGGAAUCAAUUUGAGUGGCGGGCAGAAGCAGAGGGUGACUAUAGCGAGGGCAAUCUAUAGCAAUGCAGAUAUCAUCGUCAUGGAUGAUCCACUCUCCGCGCUGGAUCACCAAGUUGGCCAGCAGAUCUUCGACCAAGGUAUCCGCAAGCUCCUACUGCGAAGUGGACGUACAGUGAUCAUGGUCACCCAUAGAUUGGAGCUGCUAUCCACAGCUCAUCAGAUCAUCGUUAUAGAUGAUGGUCGGGUUCGAGCAGUGGGAACGAAGUCAGCGAUAGAGGACUCUGACCCGGAAUUAGCGAACGAGUGGAGGAACACUAGAACGAGGGAAAAUGGACAUCGUGUUCAUAGGACAGCCAAGGAUAGGUGGUCCCUGAUCAGACUGGUGUCUAGGAUCGGUAUCAAUGCGAAGAGUAAGCAGAGUGGGUCUUGGAUCACUGAUAGAGAUGCUCAUGUGGACCCCCCAGGCUUUGUGCCACUUAGGAUGCGACGAGCGACCCUAUCAGGGUCGAGAUACUUGGCCCACGAUCUGACAGAUCUUCCACUACCCACCGAAGAAUGGAACACGUCCAAAAAGAAAUUCAAAUCGCAUCGAACUGCGGUCAGGUCGACCAGUCUUCAACCUCAGAGGCAACCUCCUCCAGUUCUUAGGCAGAGCAGCACUCCAACGAUCCUUGAGGGUGGACUAGCUUCCAGAAAAAGGAAUAACACUUUUGACAAUGGACAGCCUAGCAGUGUACUGAGACAAAUAUUCUCUGGCAGAAUCAUCAGUCCACAUCCUGAUGAAAUGCCUCUGAACAGAGACAAAGGUGUCCUCCACAGACUGAUACCUCCCAGUUCCAACAAGCAAAUAAGCUACAGUAUCAAAAACAUGGACCAAGAACACGAAGCCUUCCCCGUUAAACGUCUAAUAUCAGUAGAAUCCAAAGGAACCGAGGCUGAUGAGGCUGAAGGAAAAAUUGACGAUACGGACGAACAAGAAGAGUCAUUGUACGAAGACAGAAGUGGCGUGGUGACCAGAAUGAUCCUGAUGGAUUAUCUGAAAGCUGGAGGCUGGCUACCUGGUCUGACCUAUAUAAGUGUGGCAGUUUUCUGUCAGGUUCUUCGCGUUUACACAGACUUGUGGUUGAGUCGAUGGACAGACCAGGAGAAUGAGAGUUUGGCUCAAAAAAGUCAGGACGUGACUGCACUGUUCUACUUCAAGAUAUACAUAACCCUAUCGAUAAGCUUCAUAUUCCUAUCCUUCGUGUGCAACGCAACCGGUCAAUGGACCGGUGCCACAGCAAGAAGAAAACUCCACGAAGAAGCAGUUUCCCGACUACUCAGAGUACCGAUGUCCUUCUUCGACUGCAACCCAGUUGGCAAAAUCCUCAACAGGUUCAGCGGCGACACCGGUGUAAUUGACAAGAAAAUAUCCAUGUCAAUCCAAAGACUGACGUUCUUCGUUCUGCUUUGUGGAUCGGCGAUCAUAGUGAACGUCGUCAUCUCACCGUGGUUCUUGAUCGCAGCUGUACCCACCUGUGCAGCUUAUUAUCUGGUUCAAAGAUUUUAUAGACGCGGUGCGAGGCAUUUGCAGAGAUUGGAUGGCAGUACUCGAUGGCCAAUCGCAACGCACUUCUCCGAGACCCUCCGAGGUCUAGCAACCUUGAGAGCCUCCAAACAAGAGACUCGUUUCAUGCAGCAAGCCCUGAAGUGUUUGGACACCAACACGAACGCUUUUCUGCUUCUGAACUCGAGCAGUCGAUGGCUAGGUAUCGCUCUGGUAAGAGCACUUGUAAAACAUCUCUCGAAUGAACUUCUCAAUGGAACAACAUUUUAGGAUUACCUGGGCGCGGUAAUAGUAAUUACCGCAACGUUUGCCGCAUUAAUUUCCGCGGAACUGUACCCGGAACGUGUGACACCUGCUUUAGUUGGUCUAGCGAUUAAUUACACGCUUCUGGUGCCUAUAUACUUGAACUGGGUGGUGAAGUUCACUGCUGAAAUCGAGAUGUAUCUUGGCAGUGUGGCUAGGAUCUCUGUGUAUAGAUAUGCGCCGGUGGAAAAUUAUCAAGAAGGUUUCCGAUUGUUCGACGACUGGCCCAGCAGAGGUGAAAUAAUUUUCGAAAACGUCUCCUUGAGAUAUGAUUCGCAAGAGCCCGUGAUCUCAAACCUAUCACUCAAGAUUCCAGCUGGUCAAAAGAUCGGUAUCUGUGGAAGAACCGGAAGUGGCAAGUCCUCCACAGCGAUGGCACUGUUCCGAUUACUAGAAAUCACUGAAGGUCGCAUUAUGAUCGAUGGAGUUGAUAUCAGUGAAGUUUUGUUGAGGGUACUCCGGUCGCGACUGUCGGUGAUUCCUCAGGAUGUAAUCAUGUUCAGUGGCACUAUCAGGAAAAAUUUGGAUCCCCUAUCGGAAUACGGAGAUAGCGAAUUGUGGAACGCUUUGGAGGUAGCGCAAAUCAAGGACGUCGUGGCUUCCCAUCCUGAAGGACUCGAUUUCGAGGUGCGAGAAGGAGGAGAAAAUUUCUCUUCCGGUCAGCUGCAGCUACUCUGCAUGGCCCGCGCGAUCCUCCGGAAGUCUUCGAUCGUGGUUCUCGAUGAAUCGACCAGUGCACUCGACGCAGCUACCGAGAAGAGCCUCUUGAAAGCAGUUUCGACCGCUUUCAAAAAUAGAACGCUGAUCAUUAUCGCGCAUCGAGUGGCUGCGCUGUUGGAAUGCAAUCGAGUGAUCGUGUUCCACGAGGGAAAAAUCGUCGAGGACGGCUCUCCCGCGGAUCUCGCUCAACGACAAAAUGGAUUCUUCGCGAACAUGUUAAAGUGCAAUGAAGAAAAUAAUGGAGUUCAUUGAAGGAACUGAAACACAAUGUGCGAUGUUUCUAGAAUGUAUUUAUUUUUUAUACCGAUGACAAAUGUGAGUUAUUUUUGUAAAUAGGAAGAGGUGAUAUUAAAAUUGUUGAUUCUGAGUAUAUAAAUAGUAUAGUUAUUUACUUUGGUUAAGUUUGGAGGUUUGAGGGUGUGAGAUAUUAGGGUUGUCAGGAUUUUUGCAUUUUAGGACAACGUGCAUUUAAUAUACAUUUGUUACAUAUUUGUUGACAGAGUAUACAGAGUAUACAGAGUGUACCGAGGAUGCUUACAUAGGUACACAUAA